AUGGCGGCUUCCUUCAUCGACGCUAGUCCAAUUCCGGGCUUCCCCGUAACUAUCACCAAGGAACAAUUCAACCUAUUUCAUGCCAUUGAUCGGUUUCUCUACGUGAGGCUGAUCCUCGAACUCGCACGGCAACCCGCCGAGUCCAUGCACGUCAUGGCACUGUGGCUGUGGCUCGAGAGAAAUGGCCACUAUGAUCUGGUGGCCAAAAUGGCGUCACAGCAUGGGCCUUUAAUCAACUGUCUCGCCGAUGAGUCUGUGAAAUGCUUGAGAUGCACGGAGAGUGACCAGUUUUUGUUCAACUCGGGGACGAAUCUCAACGAUAUCCCUGUGCUUAGGAGCGUACUGGGGAGAGACGACAUCAGCCUCGCGUUCUUUUAUGAAAACCGGAUCGGUGUUCUUCGUGGAGUCUCGGGGAUUCUGGACAAGGUAUGUGUUAGGGCGUUUGAAGAUAUACUGGCCGAGAUGUAUGGAAGCCACCCUCUAAUUCACGGCAGCCCCGCCUUCGUUGUCACAGGGCCGCCGUCAGUUGUGGCUAGUGGUGGUGGCGUGAUUAGUGCAAUCUUGCACGGCUACUAUGACCACUCUUUUGUAAUAGGAAGAUGUGGUCUGGAAGAACAUCGUGAGUUUUGGAACAAAGAAUACGAUGAGUUGCUGAGCCAUAUAUACCAAGAAGUCUUCGAGGAGAAGCAGCAAGACUUUGUUGAACCAGAUGACAGGACCAUCUUCUUGACAUUCUCGAAAGGGUACCCAAUUUCUGAAAACGAACUUAGGCUGUACUUCACCAGAAUGUAUGGAGACAUAAUUGAAGCCAUUUACAUGCAAGAAGUUGGAGAACAGGAGCAAGUACUGUUUUCCAGGGUUGUCACUCGCUCGGCCUCUACCAUGGAAGGGAUAAUGCAACAUCAAAGAAAAGUCAAAUUCUAUAUAAAUGGAAAGCAUGUCUGGGCUCGAAAGUAUGUGAGAAAGCAUCACAAGUCUCCCUCUUAUCCAACUUCUUCAGUUGAAGCAGCAACAAGAAGCUCAAAGCCAUAA